AUGAAAAAUAAUACUUUUGCCCCUUUGACAUGUAGUUUGGGUUCCUUUGCAGGUGAUGUUGUUGAUCAAAAAAGUAAGCUGAACUCUCUACCCAAUGAUGUCUGCAAGGAAUGUAGAGGUUUGCCAAUUGUCAUUACUACCAUAGCGCGAGCAUUAAGGAACAAGAGACGUCGAGCUGAUUGGGACGAUGCCUUGCGAGAACUAAGAAAGCCUUCCCCGUUAAAUUUCACAGGAUUGCUGGAAGAGGAAUAUUCAAAGAUAGCGUUGAGUUACUAUUAUUUAAAAGGUGACGAGCUGAAGAAAAUUUUUCUAAUUGCUAGUCUAAUGGUAAAUAAUUCUUCCAUCUUAGACUUGUUGAAAUAUGUUAUGGGUUUGGAGAUACUUGAAGGAGUUAACCUUACAAUGGAACAAGCACGAAAUAGAGUAGAUAAACUCGUCGGUGACCUCAAAGACUCGUGUUUGUUACUUGACAGUUCUACCAAUGAACGAUUUUCUAUGCAUGAUAUUGUUCGUAUUGUUGCCUUAACAAUUGCAUGUAAAGAAGAACAUGUAUUUACGGAGGGAAAUGAUGUUGGAAAGGAAUGGACGAAUAAAGAUGAACUUAGAAAAUGCACAAAAAUCUCUUUGGCUAGUAGUAAAGUUAUUAGUGAGCAAUGGCCUGAAGGUUUAGAUUGUCCAGUACUUGAAUUUUUCUAUAUGAAUAUGAUGGGUUCUUCUUUCAAAAUCCCUGAAAAUUUUUUUACGGGUCUACCAAAGUCGAAAGUUUUAAAUUUAUCUGGGUUAUCAUUAUUGCCCUCAUCACUUGGUCUCCUAACAAACCUUCAAACAUUGAGUUUGGACAACAGCAACAUUCAAGACGUUGUUGUUAUUGGAGAGUUGAAGAGACUAAAAAUCCUUAGCUUGAGACAUUCUGCUAUCAAGCAAUUGCCCGAAGAAAUAGCUAAAUUGACUCAGCUAAGGUUGUUAGAUUUGAGCAACUGUCGGGAAUUAAAAAUUAUUGCUCCAAAUGUGAUAUCAAGUUUGAGUAAAUUGGAAGAGCUGUAUAUGAGUGGAUGCAAUGUUUUAUGGCAAGUUGAAGGACUCGGUGUUGAAAGAAGAAGUGCUAGUCUUGAUGAGUUGAAACAUUUGCGUCAGCUCACCACUUUAGAAAUAGAUAUUAGAGAUGACAAGAUUUUGCCAAAAGGCUUGUUCUCCACAAAUCUUGAAAGGUAUAAAAUAUCGAUAGGACAUGAGUUGUCUAGUUAUUUUCCGGGAUACAUACUUGGUCUUCAUGAUGAUUCAAUGAUAAUUGACAGCUUUAUGUGGAAUGAGCAUGAGACUCUGAGAACGUUAAGACUGAAGCUUAAUUCUUUCAUUUGGCCAGCUGAACUGCAGCGCUUCAAGAAUGCUGAAUUCUUAUGCUUAGACAGACUAAACGGUAUCAAGGAUGAUCUUUAUGAAUUAGACAAGGAGGGUUUUUCACAACUAAAACAUCUCCAUGUCCUUAAUAAUCCUAACCUUUUGCACAUAGUUGAUUCUACAAAGUGCAUAUCUGUUGAUUCUUUCCCUGCCUUCCCUAUCUUGGAGUCACUGAUUCUUUUUAAUUUGAUUAAGUUGGAGAAGAUAUGUUAUGGUGAACCCACAACAAAGUCUUUCUACAACUUAAAAUUCAUUUUAGUGAAAAGUUGUGCUCAAUUGGAAAAUAUCUUUUCAUUCUCCAAUGCUAGCAGAAGCCUUCCUAAACUUCAAAGAAUUAAGGUGAAAGAUUGCCAGAAUAUGAAAGAGAUUUUUGCUGUUGAAAGAGAAUACAAUGUGAACAACAAUGAAGAAAUUGAUCAUGAGAUCAAGUUCAGCCAACUACGAUUCCUGACUCUUGAUUCUCUUAAAAGCCUUGCAAGUUUCUACUCACGACUAAAGACACCUCCAACAUUGCAAACAAGACAGAAGGAAUUGACAAUCAAUUUGCAGUCCAAUGAUACACUCAUGCCACUUUUUAGCGAAAAGGUUAUUUUCCCGAACUUGGAGGCUUUAGAACUGAAAGCAAUCGAUUCUCAAAUGAUAUGGGACAGUCAACUUCCGCCAAUGUCUGAUUGCUAUCAACAUUUGACACGCUUGAUCAUCAAGGACUUUGGAAAACUAAAAUAUGUAUUUCCAUCAUCUAUGGUUAAAAAAUUUAAGCAGCUCCAACACCUUGUGAUAAGGUCUUGCAAGGAGUUGAAGGAGAUUGUUACCAAAGAAGGAGUAGAAGCAUCUCCCACAUUUAUAUUUCCACAGGUUGUUUUCCCGAAUUUGGAGGCUUUAGAACUGAAAGCAAUCAAUUCCCAAAUGAUGUGGGACAGUCAACUUCCGCCAAUGUUUGAGUGCUAUCGAAAUUUGACACACUUGAUCAUCAAAAAUAGUGGAAAGCUGAAAUAUGUAUUUCCAUCAUCUAUGGUUAAAAACUUUAAGCAGCUCCAACACCUUGAGAUAAGGUCUUGUAAGGAGUUGAAGGAGAUUGUUGCCAAAGAAGGAGAAGAAGCACCUCCUACAUUCAUCUUUCCAAGGAUAGAAUUUCUUAAACUUGGAAACUUACCAGAACUUACAACUUUUUACCCUGGAAUACACACUUCAGAAUGGCCCAAGUUAAAGAAGUUACAAGUGUCUAGUUGUGACAAACUACAAAUGUCCACUUCACAAUGCAAGGUAGCUUUUCUAAAGCUUAAGGACUUACCAGAACUUAUAGGUUUAUGCCUUGGACUACACAUUUCAGAAUGGCCCAUGUUAAAGGAGUUACAGGUGUCUAAGUGUGACAAAUUACAAUUAACGUCAGAUUUUAAGUUUAAUGCGGAUUGGGAGGAAUUGCGACUAAGAGGAGACAACAUAAUGACAUGGCAGUGUUUAUUUCUAGAACACUUCUUUUUCAAAGGUACAAUUGAGAUCAAAGGUGAUAAAUCAACAAAUUUUUUACUUGACAUCCUUCAACGAUCUAUUCAUAUCGAAAAACUCAUAUUAAGUAAAAGUUUAUACAAAGAAAUAUUCUCAUAUGGUGAGAAAGACAAACAUAAAAGGACAUUGAUGCAGAUAAAGAGUUUAAAGUUGAGUAGUCUUGCUAAAUUAAAAUGCGUGUGGAAACAAGACUCCAAAUUGGACUUUGUUCUUCAAAAUCUUGGAGUUCUUGAAGUAUAUGAUUGUGGCAGAUUGAUUAGUUUGCUGCCAUCCCAUGCAUCUUUCGCAAACCUUACAGUUUUGAGAGUAGAUCGUUGCUUGGGAUUGACAAACUUAUUUGUACCCUCGACAGCCAAAAGCUUGGUGCAACUGAUGGAAAUGAAAAUAGAAAACUGCAGAAUGAUAGUUGAAAUUAUCUCUAAUGAGGAUCAUGAAGAUUUAAGAGUAGAAGACGAAAUUGUUUUUAGCAAAUUGAAGUUGUUGUCCCUUGAAGAUUUAGAAAGUCUCACAUGUUUCUGCUUUGGGAAUUACAAUUUCCAAUUCCCAGUUUUGGAAGAAUUAACUGUGAAAAAUUGUUCCAAUAUGAAGACUUUCUCUAAAGCAACUGUAAGUGUACGGAGUUUAAGGAACAUAAAGUUUGAGCACGAUUACAAUGAAGAAGAGUGUUGGAAGGGUGACCUUAAUACAACCAUACAACAUCUACACAAAAAAGUGGUAAACUCCAAUUUUGAAAAAUUGGCAUUAAGUGGAAAUGAUAUGAUGCCUGUGUGGCAAGUCCCAUUACCAGAACAUCAGUUUUGCCAAGUUAAAGUUCUUGAGGUCAUUAGGGAUGAAUCAGCACACAUUCCAAUUGAAAUUCUUCAAAGAUUUAAGAAUCUCGAAAAACUCGUAUUGAAAUUAAGUUCAUAUCAAGAGAUAUUCUCAUGUGGAGAGGAUGAGAAACAUGUUGGAAUGCUCACACAAUUAAAAGCGUUACUGCUUUGGGGACUUUUUGAUUUGAAGUACAUGUGGAAACAAGACUCUCAUGUGUAUUCAAAUCUUCAAAAUCUUGAAAUUCUACAAGUGUGUUGUUGUGACAAUUUGAUUAAUCUACUGCCUUCUUCAGCAUCAUUUGAAAAUCUAACAAUUUUGAAGAUAUGGAAUUGCAGUGGAUUGAUAAACUUAGUAUCAUCCUCAACAGCCAAAAGUCUGGUGAGACUUAAAGAAAUGUCAAUAUUCCAAUGUGAAAUGAUGAUACAAGUAGUGUCAAAUGAAGGAGAUAAACAAAACGAUGAAAUUGUUUUUGAAGAAUUGAAGUCUUUAGUAUUUUAUGACUUGGAAAGUCUUACAAGCUUUUGCUCUGGGAAUUACUCCUUUAGAUUCCCAACUUUGGAAAAAUUAGUUGUGGAUGAAUGUUCUAAGAUGAAGACUUUCUCCGAAGGAGUCUUAAGCACACCAAGUUUACAAAAAGUAAAGCAGAGCUGGAUUGACAAUGAAGGGUAUUGGGAGGGUGACCUUAAUACUACUAUACAGAAUCAACACAAAAAUCUGAAUAUUCAGAUUUAUGGAAAGGAUUAUUCAGGUCAAACUUCGAUGAAAUCUCCGGAAUAA